AUGCCCACCAUGUGGUUAUCAGACGCCCAAAAAAUCGGGGUCGCCUUCUGCUCUGGCGGUGGCUUCUUCCUGAUUGGAGGUGUCAUGCUGUUCUUUGAUCGAGCCAUGCUUGCGAUGGGCAAUAUCCUCUUCCUAAUCGGUCUAACGAUCAUCAUCGGCCCACAGAAGACACUGCUCUUCUUCGCGCGAAAACAGAAAGCUAAAGGCACCGCGGCCUUUUUCUUGGGAUUGACGUUAAUCCUCAUGCGAUGGGCGUUGAUUGGGUUCUGUGUUGAAUUAUACGGCAUCGUGGUACUAUUCGGAGACUUCCUCGGUACGAUCGCGAGUUUUGCACGAAACGCCCCAAUCGUCGGUCCUUAUAUUGGCCUUGUCAUCGAUCGUAUCCCGGGCUUUGGAGGACUACGGAAUGCCGAGUUGCCCGUUUGA